UAGUAUAUAGCACAACAAAGUUACCUACUACAUGAAACUAAAAAUGUGCCUGGAGCCGUUCAUUGGGGUCAGAAACACUCAAAGAAAAAUGUUCAGGAGGCUAUGUCGAACAUUUGAAACCACUGUUCAAUAUCAUGAACCACCCGAUAAAUCCGAUUGCGACAAGAAACUCUACAGAGCCCUAAGUCUAUCGAAUGGAUUGCGAGCCAUGCUGAUAUCGGAUUCAACGAAUAAAAUAGAACAUACACCAGAAGUUCUCCACCCUCUACCUACUCGGAUCGCCAGUAGUAGUGAGAGUUCCAAUCCGUCUUUAGAGCAUUUUCAAGGAAAUUUGGCUGCCUGUGCGGUACUUGUGAACGUUGGAUCCUUUAGCGAACCGCGGCAAUAUCAGGGAAUGGCACAUUUUCUAGAGCAUAUGAUAUUUAUGGGUUCCAAGAAGUAUCCCAUGGAAAACGAAUUUGACGCAUUUAUAACGAAAAGCGGGGGUUUUAGUAACGCCCAUACAGAUAACGAAGAAACGUGCUUUUACUUUGAGGUGGAAGAAGUCCAUUUAGAUAAAGCUAUGGAUAUGUUCAUGAAUUUAAUAAAAGCCCCGCUUUUUCUUCCCGAUGCCAUAGUCCGAGAACGUUUUGCCGUCCAAUCAGAGUUCGAAGAGGCAUCUAUGCGGGAUGAAGUCCGGCGUGAUCAGAUAUUAGCAAGUUUAGCUAGUGAAAAUUACCCCCAUGGUACUUUCAGUUGGGGAAAUCUUAAAUCUCUUAAAGAUCAGGUAGAUGACAAACUGCUACACGAGGCGCUUCAUGAAUUUCGACGAAAGCAUUAUGGGUCAAAUCGUAUGAUUGUCUGUAUUGAAUCGCAGCAAUCGUUGGAUGAAAUAGAAGACCUACUAGUUCGUCAUUGUGCAGACAUACCCAACAGUGAGGAAAAUGCAAAAAAUAUGGAUAGUUUGAGUUAUCAGAAAGCAUUUAAUGAUACUUUUUUCGGCGACGUAUUUCUUGUGUAUCCUGUAAAAGAUGUUUGCAAAUUGGAGUUGACAUGGGUUCUUCCCCCAAUGCGGAAUUAUUAUCGAUGUAAGCCAGAGGCUUUUUUCUCGCAACUAAUUGAAUAUGAAGGUGUGGGAAGCCUAUGCUCUUAUUUACGACAACGUCUGUGGAGCAUGAGCGUCAUGGCGAGUACUGGAGGAGAUAGUUUCGAAUCAAACUCCAUCUACUCGAUGUUCAAAAUAUGCAUAUACCUUACAGACGAUGGGUUCGAGCACAUAGAUGAGGUAUUGGAAGUUACUUUUGCAUGGAUUAAAUUGUUAAUUGAGAGCGACGAAGGUCGAGAGGUUAUGUAUAAAGAGUUUAGACAGAUUGCAGAAAAUAGUUUUCGAUUUCAAAUCCAGCUACCUUCGAUGGAAAAUGUACAAAAUGUGGUGGAGAGCAUUGGUUAUCUACCUCCAAAAGAUGUCCUUACAGGAUCUCAGCUGUAUUUUGAAUAUGAUGCAGAUGCUCUACGGAUACUAAAAGAGCACCUCAGUGCAUUCCAUGUUAAUAUAAUGAUCUCUUCGCACAUUCCAUAUUUAAAUCAAAACUACAAUCAGACGGAGAAAUGGUUUGGUACGCAGUACACAACGAUUCCUAUACCAUUAAAAUGGAUAGCCAUGUGGCAUGAUCCACCGUCAUUUAAAGAAUUGAAAUUUCCACAAUCGAAUCCGUUCAUAACCACGGACUUCACACUGCACUGGCAAAAAGAAGGUAUGCUACAUAUACCACGACGUCCCAAGGUCCUCAAAAGAAAUGAUCUUUGUGAGUUGUGGUUUCGACAAGAUGAUACAUUCCUACUGCCUGAUGGCUAUAUAAAUAUAUAUUUUAUCACUCCUUUGGUUCGUGAAAGCGCACGUAAUUAUAUGCUUGGCGUGCUCUUUACCUACUUGGUAGAAUUUAACAUCGCCGAGCAAUUAUAUCCAGCUUUAGAAGCCGGAUUAACAUAUGGACUGUAUAUGGGUGAUAAGGGAUUGAUUCUGCGUGUGAGUGGUUACAACCAAAAACUACCUCUUUUGGUAGAAUCAAUCAUGAAGGUAAUGUGCACUAUAACAAUAGAUCCAGCGCAAGUGAUUUCUUUUAAAGCCCUCAAGAAGCGCCAAAUUUUUAAUGCGCUCAUUAGUGGACAGAUUUUAAAUCAUGAUUUACGUUUAAUGGUUUUGGAGAAUAAACGAUUUAGUAUGCUACAGAAAUAUGAAUCUAUCGAUAAAUUAAACGUGGAUGACGUCAGACACUUCAAGGAUAAUUUUCACAAGAAAAUGUACAUACAGGCACUCGUACAGGGAAAUUUUACUCAAAAACAAGCAAGUGAGGUAAUGCAAAAAGUAAUUUCCACUUACAAUAGCCAAAAAUUGGAUAAUCCAUCCUCAUUGGACAAUAGCUUAGUUCAGCUUCCACUUGGAUCGUAUUAUUUGCGUGCGAAAAAUUUAAACCAGGAAGAUACUAAUACAAUCGUAUCAAACUACUAUCAAAUUGGACCUAGCGAACUAAAAUUAGAGUGUAUGAUGGAUCUGGUAAAAUUAAUUGUGGAAGAGCCCUUUUUUAAACAGCUGCGUACUCAAGAACAGUUGGGCUACAGCCUGAGUAUGUAUCAAUGUGUUGGCUACGGCGUGCUGGCCUUUGUUUUUGCAAUCAAUACUCAGGAAACAAAGCAUUCAGCUGAUUAUGUGGAGCGACGUUUGGAGGCAUUUAGGUCUUGCAUACCGGAUCUUGUGUCCCAGCUUAGUGAAAUCGAGUUCAAUGAUGUGCGCGAAACGCUUAUUAGUAGCAAGAGGGUGGGCGAUACUAGCCUAGUCGAAGAAGUUAUGCGGAAUUGGAUCGAAAUCGUUACCACUGAGUACUUCUUUAAUCGCAUGGAAAUUGAAAUAAGGACGCUAAAUGGUAUCUCUAAGCAGAACGUUCUGGAUUUCUUAUUGGACUAUGAAAACAAUGACUUUCGAAAGCUUUCAGUCCAGGUCGUUGGUCAAUGUAAUCUACCAGCUCGGUCUCCAACACUGUCCAUUUCGGAUGCUAGGCAGAGGUCAGGAACAGGAUUCGGUAUACGACCCGGUUCUUUGGCUAAACUAUUGGAUGAAGUACAGCGCAACAUUUCCGAUGAACAGCUCUUGUUUGAACAGAUGGGCAAUAAUAUUAAAAUAGAACUUAUGGGACAUGUCGAUGAUCCAACAAACAUAGUGGAUAUUUCGGCUUUUAAAAAUACGUUAAAUGUUUACCCCUUAUUUAUCAAAAAUCCGAAAUCAGCUAGAAAGUCGUAAA